GCAAAUCCAAAAUUCUACUCAUUUAUCUGACUCUUCAGUCGUCGCCCACGUUUAUUUUUUUUUCUCUUUAACUGAAGGUACAGGCAUUUUAGGUACUGCUACUGUGAGCUUAUUUGGUUGGUAGUGUAUGGCUUAAUGUUUAUCGAAAUUGUACAUCUGGGUCAUGUUUAGAAUGUGAAUUUAGUUUGUUUGUUAGUUUUAUAAAGGGUACUCUUACCCUAUAGGAGUUCGUUUUAGCAAUUGGUGUGCAUUGGAGAUCUGGGUUUUUGUUGAUUUGGAGAUGGGGAGCUCAGAGGAGAAGGUGGUUGCUGUGAUCAUGGUGGGUGGACCAACUAAAGGCACUCGGUUUCGUGCAUUAUCAUUGAACAUCCCAAAGCCUCUGUUUCCUUUGGCCGGACAACCUAUGGUUCAACAUCCAAUUGCUGCUUGUAAAAGGAUUCCAAACCUAGUCCAGAUCUAUCUGGUUGGUUUCCAUGAGGAGCGUGAAUUUGCAAUGUAUGUCUCAGCAAUAUCUAAUGAGCUAAGUGUUCCUGUCAGAUACUUAAGGGAAGACAAGCCUCAUGGUUCGGCUGGUGGACUUUACAACUUCAAAGAUCUGAUCAUGGAAGACAAUCCGUCUCAUAUUUUCGUGCUGAAUUUUGAUGUUUGCUGCAGUUUUCCACUACCAGAAAUGCUUGAGGCUCACAAAAGAUAUGGUGGUAUGGGGACUAUCCUAGUAAUCAAGGUUUCAGCGGAGUCAGCCAGUCAGUUUGGGGAGUUGGUAGCAGAACCAGUCACCAAUGAACUGUUACAUUAUACAGAGAAACCUGAAACUUUCGUGAGUGAUCAUAUUAAUUGUGGUGUCUAUGUAUUUACACCAGAUAUUUUUACUGCCAUCCAUGGUGUUUCUUGUCAACGGAAAGACAGAGCCAAUCUGAGACGUCUCUCCAGCUUUGAAGCCCUCCACUCAGCUACAAGGAAUCUUCCCUCAGAUUUUGUAAGGUUGGAUCAAGACAUCCUGACUCCUUUUGCAGGGAAGAAGCAGUUGUAUACAUAUGAAACCAUGGAUUUCUGGGAACAAAUUAAAACCCCUGGAAUGUCCCUAAAAUGUUCUGCUUUGUAUCUUGCCCAAUUUCGGUUCACCUCUCCCAAUCUUUUGGCUAGUGGGGAUGGAACAAAAAGUGCUACAAUUAUUGGUGAUGUUUAUAUUCAUCCAUCAGCAAAAGUACAUCCAAGUGCUAAGAUUGGUCCCAAUGUUUCAAUAUCUGCUAAUGCUCGUAUAGGAGCAGGUGUAAGGCUCUUCAGCUGUAUCAUUCUUGAUGGUGUUGAAAUCAUGGACAAUGCAGUUGUUUUACAUGCGAUUGUCGGAUGGAAGUCUUCUAUUGGGAAAUGGUCCCGUGUUCAGGCUGAAGGGGACUAUAAUGCCAAACUUGGUAUUACAAUUCUUGGAGAAGCGGUGGUUGUUGAAGAUGAAGUAGUGGUCACUAAUAGCAUUAUCCUUCCAAACAAGACACUAAAUGUCAGUGUUCAAGACGAAAUUCUUCUAUGAUACCCCUACCAUCCAUUCCCAAUUUGCCAAGGCUUUCUCCUGUCUGCCUCAAUGGUCAUUUCUCUUUGGUUUUUUUUUUUCAAGUUGGAAAAUCAGAGAGUUUCAUAAGAUAAUGUGCCAAUAUGUAAAUUGGCAUCUUUGAAUUAGAAUAAAAAGAAUUUUGGUUGUUGGAUGAUUUAUUUUUGUUUAGUAAUUUUUUAAAUGUUAGAUGUGGACACUUAAUUUUGUUUGGAUAAUAAUUUACACACGAAACUUAAUAAUUUAUAUGUGAAUCUUAAUUUCAUCUGUAUUUGGAGAUUCGUCUA